UCGAAGAAUUAAUUAACAGAAUCGAUCAUGGAGCAGCUGCAGCAGGCCGCCACCAUCUUCCUCUUUCUAAGCCUGAUUAGUUUCUUAGCAAAUCUCUCGACAGCGGCGGCCGCCACUUCGCGGGCGGUCUUUGUCUUCGGCGACUCCACCGUCGACGUCGGAAACAGCAACUUCUUGAGUGAUGCACCCAAAGCCAACUUACCCCCUUACGGUGUCGAUUACCCUGGCCGGAUUCCCACCGGCCGGUUCAGCAACGGCUUCCUCGGCGUUGACUUCGUUGCCAAGGCGGCGGGGUUACGCAGGAGCCCGCAACCUUUUCUCUCUCUUGAUCCGAACGCCCGUCACGGGAGGCGAGGAGUAAACUUCGCCUCCGCUGGCUCUGGCGUUCUCGACACCACGGGGAGGUACGUCAUGAGGAUGACGCAGCAAAUACAAUACUUCUCCACGUUCGCCGGGAAUCUCACGGCGGCAAAGGGCGCCCGGUCCGCCGCCGCCUUCUUGAACAAGUCACUCUUCUGCGUCAGCGUCGGGAGCAACGACCUCUUCGCCCGCUCCGCCGCCCUCAUCCCCGGAAACAGCACCCAGAAGGACGAAAUCGUCGCCGCCGUUCUCCGACAGUUUGCGGACCAACUGCGGAGCCUUUACCAGCUCGGAGCGAGAAAGUUCUCGGUGGCCGGGACCGGGCAGAUCGGGUGCGUUCCGGGAGUCAGGAGGAGGGUUCCGGGGAACGCGUGCAGCCAGGAGCUGAAUGAUCUGUCCCUGAGGUUCAAGACCGGCACGAGGGCCCUGUUGGAGCAGCUCGGCAUGGAGCUGGAGGGGUUCAGAUAUUCAUUUUCCGAUUCCUUCGAAAUCGGUAGCCACAUCCAGUCGGAUCCCCAGAAAUACGGUGAGUGCGUGAGUGGGUGGUGUGCACAUGCAUGCAGCUUCGAUCUCAUCGAUUCAAUAAAUCAAUAUAUUAUAUACAGAUCGAUCGAUCGAUCGAUCGACAUGCUAAUUAACAAUGCUACGUUUGCGCGUACGGAUGGAUCGCUGAACAGGUUUUACGGAGCUGGCAGCUGCGUGUUGUGGGUCGGGAAGGUUGAACGCGGAGGGGCGGUGCACUCCCAACUCCACGUACUGCGGCGACCGGAAUCAGUAUUUUUUCUGGGACGAAGUCCACCCGACGCAAGCGAUGUACCGGCUGGGAGCUCGGCUGUCGAUCUACGGGCCACGCCAGUUUGCUUACCCUGUCAACAUCCACAGCUUGCUGAUGAAUUAAUUAGAAAAUUGAUAUGGUCUUUUAAUUGUCAUAGUUAAUGUCCGAAAGAAAAUUAAAUUACUUGGAAUCAGAAAAAAUAAAUAUUUAUUCGUAUA